CAAUCUAAUUUAAGAGUUACGCCCCUUGAUGAUUUCACGUGCAGGGUUACCUGAAAUGAUAUCCAAUAAUCCACCUAACUUCAGAAAAUAAUACAGCAGGGAACAACAUGGCAAAUAUUCUGAGUGGAAAGGAUGUUUCAGAGGAAAUAAGAACUAAACUCAAGGCUGAUAUUGAAAGUUACAAGAAAAACAAACCCAGUUUUCUGCCAGGACUAGCCAUUGUACAGGUGGGGGAUCGAGAAGAUUCAAAUGUGUACAUUAAGCAGAAGCUCAAAAAUGCAGAAACGGUUGGAGUUAAAGCCACCCAUGUCAAACUACCACAGACAGCCACACAGACAGAGGUUCUUCAAACAGUAGAAAGGUUAAACAAUGAUUCCAGUGUACAUGGAAUUAUUGUUCAGUUACCCCUGGAUUCUGUAAAUGAAAUAGAUUCACAUUUGGUGACCAAUGCCAUUAAACCAGAGAAAGAUGUUGAUGGACUACAUGAAUCCAAUGCUGGAAAACUGGCCAGAGGUGACCUUGAGGAAUGUAUAUUUCCCUGUACUCCAAGGGGAUGUCUAGAGCUUAUUAAAAAAUCUAGUGUUUCGGUGGUGGGUAAGACGGCCGUGGUUCUGGGGCGCAGUAAGAUUGUGGGGUCACCUAUGGCGGACCUCUUAAAGUGGAAUCAUGCUACUGUGACAGUGUGCCACUCCAAGACACAGAAUCUGCCAGAUAUUGUGAAAACAGCAGACAUUUUAGUGGUUGCCAUAGGGAAAGCAGAGUUUGUGAAAGGGGAUUGGGUGAAACCGGGUGCUGUUGUCAUAGAUUGCGGCAUCAACUCCAUUCCAGAUGACACAAAGAAGUCUGGGAAGCGUUUGGUGGGGGAUGUGGCCUUUGAGGAGGUUAAGGGUGUGGCCUCCUGGAUCACCCCUGUCCCCGGGGGUGUGGGGCCAAUGACGGUGGCCAUGUUACUCCAGAACACUUUUGAGCAGGCUAAGAGAAUGGUGGAAAAAUCUGGGGGUAGUGGAAUGUGGAAUCUACAGUUGCUGCCCCUGAACUGCAAAACUCCAGUUCCAAGUGACCUUGAAGUUGCCCAGUCACAGACACCAAAGAAUGUGGAACUGAUAGCCCAGGAGAUUGCCCUUCUCCCAGAAGAGGUGGACUUGUAUGGAAAGAAGAAAGCCAAAGUUUCACUGGAUGUCCUCAAAAGGCUGCAGGGACAGAAAGAUGGCAGAUACAUUGUUGUUACAGGUAUAACUCCAACACCACUUGGUGAGGGCAAAAGUACCACAACCAUUGGUCUGGCUCAGGCAUUAGGAGCUGCACUGAGGAAGAAUGUGUUUGCUUGUGUCAGACAGCCUUCUCAGGGUCCAACAUUUGGCAUUAAAGGUGGCGCUGCAGGUGGGGGUUAUUCACAGGUCAUUCCAAUGGAGGAGUUCAACCUGCAUCUGACAGGAGACAUCCAUGCCAUCACAGCAGCCAAUAAUCUAUUGGCCGCUCAGAUUGAGGCUCGUAUGUUCCAUGAAAGUACACAGAAAGAUGAGGACUUGUAUCGCAGACUUGUUCCCGACAAUAAAGGAAAACGUGCCUUCUCCAAAAUUCAGUUUUCUAGACUAAAGAAACUUGGAAUUUCCAAAACAGACCCUAAUGAACUAACCCCAGAAGAAAUUAACAAGUUUGUCCGUCUUGACCUUGACCCAACCACCAUCACUUGGCAGAGAGUGAUGGAUACAAAUGACAGGUUCCUGAGAAAAAUAACAGUUGGUCAAGGACCACAAGAGAAAGGCCACACCAGAGAGUGCCAGUUUGAUAUCACUGUAGCCAGUGAAAUCAUGGCAAUUCUAGCACUGACAACAGGACUACAAGAUAUGAGAGAGAGGCUGGGGCAAAUGGUGGUAGGAACCAGUAAAGCAGGGGUACCAGUCACAGCAGAUGAUUUG